AUGAAGCUGAACACAGCCCUUAUUCUUCUGACUGCUUUUGCAGGAAGCUCAGUGGCUGCACCCACUGGAGCAUCUUCAUUACAACUUCGGCAGCCGGACUCAGAGGCUCUGAGAAUAUUAGAGUCCCAUCUAUCCACGGGUCAACUUACUCAAUCGGAUCGCGAACUUCUGAACAACCUCUUGGUGACAGCUUCUCUAAGAAAACGAGAGGAAUCAGGCACAUUUGGUGAUAUAGGGGGGAAUCUUGGCAGCGCUUUGGGUACCGGUAUUGGCAGUAUCGUCGAUACAAUUCUUGGUCUCUUCGGUGGUGUACUCGGAGGUGCCAAAGGCACUGGUAUUGGGCUCAAUAUUGGUCUGAACGGUACUGUUGGAAACACAGGUACCGCAAGCGCUGCAAUCCCUAAUUUGGGCAAGCUAUUGCAGGGUCUUGGAAUCGAUGGCAAGGGCAACAUCAAUCUUACCAACAUUGCCAAGACCCUCGGUGUUACCACCCCAGAUCUCCCUAGCCUCUUCCAGCAGCUUGGUGCAGAUUCCAACGGAGUUGUUCCAUUGAGUACCCUGCUGCCGAGGCUGGGUCUCGGAAGCAACGUUGGAAACUUGAAUCUGAGCGGCGUGUUGAACAACACCGGAGGUUCGGGCAGCCAAGGUCUUAACCUGAAUGGCCUCCUGAAGGGACUUGGCCUCAAUAGCAACGCUGUCAGCACUCUCCUCAAGAGUCUCGGUGCUGAUUCUAGUGGCAACAUCUCACCAGCCGAUCUCCUGAAAGGCCUUGGACUCAAUGGCCAGCAAAACAUCAAUCUAGGCUCUUUUCUCCAAGGACUGAAUGGAGCUGCUAAGAAAGCUGGUAUCGACCUAAGUGGUGUUGUCAACGGCCUUACCAGUGUUGUCAACGGCCUCGCUAGUGCUAUGCCAAGUGUCCCAGCAGGAAAUGUCUCUCUUCCAGCAGUCGGCACCGGUUCAAUAGGGGGUAUCCCAGCUUCGACUUUGCAGGGAAUUGCCAACGGGAUUACCACCCAAAUCUUCAGAAAUGUGGUCGGAGGGCUGGAUGAUGCGACGAUUAAGGACCUGAUUGAUAUUGUCAAAAAUGCCAAGGGCGACACUCAGAAAGCUACCAACGAUCUUAAUCGGUACGCCGUCGCACAUGGCCUUGAUCCCAGCAGGCUUUUCCAGGCUUUGAAGAAUGUUUUGGCACUCGGCAGCUCAGACAGCAGCCUGGGUAAUCUCCUCGAGGGAUCUGGGGGCCUCCUAGGCGGUCUUGUGAACGCCCUUGAUGGUUUGACCAGCGGUAGGGGUGGACUUUCUGGAAUUGGUCUGCCCGGUUUGUUGGAUGGCGGUCUCGUCGGUGCCCUCACUGGCAAUCUUGGCAUAAUCAAUGGAACCACCAAUCCCCCAAUAUCUGUCAACCCCCCAGUAUCUGGGAACGCUCCCAGACUGACGGUCGCAGAGCUCAAGCAAUUGCUUGACUUUGUCAAGAAUGCCACCAGCCAAGACACUGUCACAAAAGUCGUUAGAGAAUUUGCAGCCUCGCACAAUCUUGAUCCUGUGCAGCUUGCCCGUGCGCUACAACGGCUUUUGAAUGCUGAAAAGGCGGGCAAUACUCCGAUCCUACCCGUUAAUACAACUAUUGUCCCUGUAGGGAAUAUUAGUAUCCCUAACCUUGGGUCUGUCUUGAAUGGAACUCUUGGUGGAAUCAACCCAAUUGGCAGCGUUCCUGGCGCUUCGCUCAAUCUUGGUGGAUUAAACGGGACUCUUGGUGGAUUGCCCGGUGCUCUCACUGGAGCCCUUGGCAAUGCAGGAGGCCUCGGAGGCCUUGGAGGCUUGCUCCGCGGCCUUAGAAAUCUCUUGGUGUUGCUGGGCCUUGGAGGUGAUGUUGGAGGGCUCUUAGGUGGUCUUGGGGGUCUUGGGGGUCUUGGGGGGCUUGGAGGACUUGGAAGGCUUGGAGGGAUUGGAGGACUUGGAGGACUUGGAGGACUUGGAGGAAUAGGUGCUCCAGGCAAUCUUGCUCCAAAUGUCCUAGGAUCCAUAUUGGGACUUGGAAACGGGCUUGGUGCGGGUAACUUGACAGGCCUGGGCAACUUGGGCAAUUUGACUGGUUUGGCGAAUAACCUUACCAGAGCGAUCCCCGGCUUGGGAUCCGGACUCCCAAACCUGAAUCUGACGGGAGCUCUGGGAGCUCUUGGCCCUCUUGCUAACCUGACCGGAGGUCUUGGUCCUCUUACUGGCUUGAAUCUGACCGGAGGUCUUGGCCCACUUCCUGGAAAUCUGACGGGAGCUCUCGGUUCACUUGCUGGUAACGCGACUGGUGCAGGCUUGGGCUCAGCCCUAUCUGGCGUGGGAUCUAACUUGGUAUCUGCUGCUUCCGGUCUGGGCUCAGCAGCAUCUAAUUUGAGUUCAGCAGCGUCCGGCCUUGGAUCUAUUGCAACUGGUUUGGGGUCAGCGGCGGUAGGUUUGGGGUCGGCUGCCAAUGGCCUGGGAGCCGUUACUCCCAGCUUGGGAUCAACUGGUGUUGGUCUGGGAUCUGGAGGCCUAGAUUUGGGAUCCAUCAUCUCUGCCAUAGGAGCAACAGUCUCUGGCGCGGGAACUGGUGUAGGAUCUACUGUCGCGGGUUUAGGUUCAGGUAUUUCCGGCUUGGGCUCGGCAAUUUCUGCAGGGUCUAGAGGUUCUGGCGGAUCGGGUGUCCCGAGGCUGCCUUCCCCAGGUCCCGUUUCCGUUGGGGCAGGCUCACCAUCUGGGUCUACUGGUUCUGGCAUCGUCAACCUGAACUCAUCCAUUAGUACCGGCCUUGGUUCCGCCUCUGUGCCCAGCUCCGGCCUGGGAUUAUCGGCAGGACUUACCAUUGGAGGUCCAUCCAACAGAACCGCUUUUGUUGUUGACACGGACGAGUUGGCCGAGGAUGAGUCUCCCCGAUCCAACGUCAGACGCUCUCACGCAGCACGAUUCAGAUCUAAGCUUCGCAAAGCCAAGGCUGGAGCAAUAUAA